AUGGCCAAUCGACAAAUCACAAGGCGCAUCGCCAUCAGCGCGGCACUCUCAAUAUUUUUCGUUUUCUUCCUCUUCAUUCGGCCCCAAGGCCCGCCGAGUCCCGCGAUUCGAGCCCCAGGACAUAUUACCCAUGAACCUGCACCUGCGCCCGUGCCGGGUUCGACCAUCAAGGAGGACUUGCUGAAGGGGUCAGUGGUGAUGCCGAAGCUUGGAAAUGAAACAGUAAAAGCUGAGCUAGGCCGUGCAACAUGGAAGUACUUCCACACCGUUAUGGCACGAUUCCCCGAAAAGCCCACCCAAGACGAACAAGACGCUUUACGCACAUACAUCCAUCUUUUCGCGCGAUUGUAUCCUUGCGGUGAAUGCGCCGAACAUUUCCAGCAACACAUCAAUAAGUACCCACCGCAGGUUUCAUCACGAAAGGCCGCAGCGGGAUGGGCUUGCUUUGUUCACAAUGAAGUUAAUGAGAUGCUCGACAAGCCAGAAUUUGACUGUAACAACCUGGGCUCGUUCUACGACUGCGGCUGUGCCGAUGGGGAGGAGAGCGAGACUGGUUCUGAAAAUAAAGAUCCGCAUUCGGCUACGACCCGUACCGAUGCGCAAGCUGGUGGCUCGGAACAUGACCACCUGGUAGUGGAAAUCUCCAAGGAAGCGUGA